AUGGAGUCGUCGUCGUCGGGCGGCGGGCUGGCGCGGCGGCGGAGUAGCGGCGGCGGCGGCAGCAGCGGCCGGGGCAGCUUCGACGCCGACCCGUUCGACAUCCCCGCGAAGGGCGCACCCCUCGAGCUGCUCAGGAAGUGGAGGCAAGCAGCCCUUGUGCUGAAUGCAUCAAGGCGCUUUAGGUACACUCUCGAUUUGAAAAAGGAUGAACAAAAGGAGGAAAUCAGGAGAAAAAUCCGUGCACAGGCACAUGUUAUAAGGGCCGCUUUUCGUUUCAAAGAGGCUGGCCGAAUCCAUGUUCAGUCUGAAGAAACAAAAGUACCAAGUGCUGAUGGUGCACUUGGCUUCGGAAUCAAAGAAGACCAGCUUACAGCACUGACAAGGGAUCACAACUACUCUGGUCUGCAGCAAUACGGAGGGGUUUCUGGUGUAGCACAUAUGCUAAAAACCGAUACAGAGAAGGGGAUUAGUGGAGAUGACUCAGAUUUGAUGGCAAGGAAAAAUGCAUUUGGAUCAAACACAUAUCCUCGUAAGAAAGGAAGAAGCUUUUUGGCUUUCGUGUGGGAUGCUUGUAAAGAUUUGACGCUAAUCAUCCUCAUGGUUGCUGCUGCUGUUUCACUGGCCUUGGGCAUAACAACAGAGGGCAUAAAAGAAGGAUGGUAUGAUGGAGCGAGCAUUGCCUUUGCUGUUCUUCUAGUUGUAUUUGUUACAGCUAUCAGCGACUACAAGCAAUCACUGCAAUUCCAAAAUCUGAAUGAAGAAAAACAGAACAUUCGUUUGGAGGUUGUUAGAGGUGGAAGGCGAAUCACGGUAUCAAUAUAUGAUUUGGUUGUUGGAGAUGUUGUCCCACUCAAAAUUGGUGACCAGGUCCCCGCAGAUGGUAUCCUUGUCAGUGGCCACUCCCUUUCCAUAGAUGAAUCAAGCAUGACGGGAGAAAGUAAAAUUGUACACAAAGAUCAGAAGUCACCAUUUCUAAUGUCAGGUUGCAAAGUUGCCGAUGGCUAUGGCACAGUGCUGGUAACUGCUGUUGGAAUCAACACUGAAUGGGGAUUGCUAAUGGCAAGCAUAUCUGAAGAUUCGGGUGAAGAGACACCACUUCAGGUUCGUUUGAAUGGUGUCGCUACUUUCAUUGGAAUGGUUGGACUGUCUGUUGCCCUUGCAGUUCUGGUUGUACUUUUGGCCAGGUACUUCACUGGGCAUACUUAUAAUCCUGAUGGAUCUGUGCAAUAUGUGAAAGGGAAGAUGGGUGUAGAACAGACGAUAGGUGGAGUAGUUAGAAUAUUCACAGUGGCUGUCACCAUUGUGGUCGUGGCAGUUCCAGAAGGACUACCAUUAGCUGUCACACUGACGCUUGCUUUCUCAAUGCGCAAAAUGAUGAAGGACAAGGCUCUGGUGAGGAGGCUUUCUGCAUGUGAAACGAUGGGGUCUGCCACAACAAUCUGCAGUGACAAGACUGGCACCUUGACUUUAAAUCAGAUGACUGUUGUUGAGGCAUAUUUUGGUGGAAAGAAGAUGGACUCACCUGAUAAUGCUCAGAUGUUAUCUGCUGAUCUCACAUCGCUGAUUGUUGAAGGAAUUGCACAGAACACUUCUGGAAGCAUAUUUGAGCCAGAGGGUGGUCAAGAACCGGAGGUGACUGGAUCACCUACAGAAAAGGCUAUACUGUCUUGGGGGCUAAAGCUGGGUAUGAAAUUCAAUGAAACAAGAUCGAAGUCAUCUAUUCUUCAUGUAUUUCCUUUCAACUCAGAGAAAAAGCGAGGCGGGGUUGCGGUGCACCUGGGUGGCUCUGAGGUCCAUAUACACUGGAAAGGAGCAGCUGAAAUUAUUUUGGAUUCAUGCACAUGCUGGGUUGACACUGAUGGUUCAAAGCAUUCAAUGACUCCAGAAAAAGUUGCUGAAUUCAAGAAAUUCAUUGAAGAUAUGGCUGCUGCUAGCCUCCGCUGUGUUGCGUUUGCCUAUAGAACUCAUGAGAUGGAUGAUGUUCCAGACGAAGAUCACAGGGAAGAGUGGAAACUGCCUGAAGAUAACCUGAUUAUGCUUGGAAUUGUCGGAAUAAAGGAUCCCUGCCGUCCAGGAGUUCGAGAUUCUGUUCGUUUAUGUCAGGCAGCUGGCAUUAAGGUGCGCAUGGUUACUGGUGAUAAUCUCCAAACUGCAAGAGCCAUUGCCCUGGAGUGCGGGAUAGUUGAUGAUCCCAAUGUGUCAGAGCCUGUCAUCAUUGAAGGAAAAACAUUCCGGGCGCUGUCAGACUUAGAAAGGGAGGAAGCUGCUGAAAAAAUCUCUGUGAUGGGGAGGUCUUCACCAAAUGAUAAACUUUUACUUGUUAAGGCACUGAGGGCAAGAGGUCACGUUGUUGCUGUUACUGGAGAUGGCACAAAUGAUGCCCCAGCAUUGCACGAGGCAGAUAUUGGUCUAUCAAUGGGCAUUCAGGGAACUGAAGUUGCCAAGGAGAGUUCUGAUAUUAUUAUCUUGGAUGACAAUUUUGCAUCAGUCGUGAGGGUUGUCAGAUGGGGUCGUUCCGUGUAUGCAAACAUACAGAAGUUUAUACAGUUCCAACUAACGGUCAACGUUGCAGCUCUGAUAAUCAAUGUAGUUGCUGCUGUCAGUUCUGGAAACGUGCCGUUGAAUGCUGUUCAGUUGCUGUGGGUUAACCUAAUUAUGGACACUUUGGGUGCCCUUGCAUUGGCGACAGAACCACCUACGAACCAUCUAAUGGAGAGACCCCCAGUAGGGAGAAGGGAGCCAUUGAUAACAAAUAUCAUGUGGAGAAACUUGAUUAUCAUGGCUUUGUUUCAAGUUUCAGUCCUCCUUACUCUCAACUUCAAGGGAGUAAGCCUCUUGCAGUUGAAAAAUGAUGAUACAGCACAUGCUGAUAAAGCAAAAAAUACCUUCAUAUUCAACACAUUUGUUCUCUGCCAGGUGUUCAACGAAUUCAAUUCACGUAAACCAGAUGAGCUCAAUAUAUUCAAGGGCAUUUCAGGGAACCAUCUCUUUAUUGGCAUCAUAGCAAUAACAGUUAUACUCCAGGCGCUUAUCGUUGAGUUCCUUAGCAAGUUUGCCUCAACAGUAAAGCUAAGUUGGCAGCUGUGGUUGGUAUCGAUAGGUCUUGCUUUCUUCAGCUGGCCGCUGGCGUUCGUGGGAAAGCUUAUUCCUGUUCCUAGACGUCCAUUUGGAGAAUUCUUCGCAUGCUGCUGUAAGGGGAGCAAACAAGCCCCUGAUGACGCAACCUCUAAUGAUAAGGAAGACAACAAACCUGAGCCUUGA